GUCAAAUCGAAGGGGAAUGUCCGAGAGAUAGUAUGUAGAUGAGGGUUGUAUGAUUCAUUGCUUGAUUGCUAUCGCGAAAAAAUGGUUCGCACCGACUGGGAUCGGAUAUUAUCCGUAAAUGCUUCGUCUUUAACAGACGAAGAAAUCGAGAAUCUUUUUCCCGCGGUGGUUCGAUGUGACGUGGACGAGAUCGCUGACAUACCCGGUUUGCGGACGCUUGUGAGACUGUCACAAGAAAUAUUGACCUAUAAAGAUAAUCAAGUUGAGGCUUUGCUUCUUGAGUGUGGCGAAUUAAAAGAAAUGAUAGCUUCAUUACAUCCAGAGACUGCCAAACGAAAGAUCAAAGAUCAUGAUAUGGCUGCAACAAAACAAGAAAAUGAUAGUUUUACUAGAGAUACAGAUUUGAAGAGACAUUCAGACGCACAAGGCAAAAGUGAAAAAGUUAAGACACUUAUGGCUGAAUUAGAGAAUUUGGACAAAGAGAAUGAGAGUCUUAAGGAGCAACUAACAACAUUGAAAGAUGAGAUGGAAGAUGCAACAGAAAAAAUGAACGAAGUGACUGAAGAACUUCGUUUAGCACAAAUAAAAACAGUGGAGUAUAAAGAAAAGAUAUUGAAGUUGGAGCAAGAAAAUGCAGCUUUAAUUAUUCAAAUUGAAGAAUUAACAACUCAACAAGUAGAUAGAGACAAAUUGCUAGAUGAAUUUGGUAUAGCUAUUGAUGCUAGAAUAUCUGAAUGGAAGGGUGUACUGGAUGAAAAAGAUAUGGAGAUAACACAUUUGAAGGAAAGCUUAUCACAUUUUUUAAUGCAGUCGAUUACAUCAGUAAAAGAAGAAAAUAAAACACAGAUUGUUCAGUUAAAUGACGAAAUAGUUCGUAGGGACGCGAUUAUAGCUGAAUUGCAAACUAAACUUUCUGAAGCAGUCAUUGAAAUAAAUGAGAGUGCUGCACUUAUAGAAAAAUUAAAAGGAGAAACAUAUGGGUCUGCAAAAAGUGAUAAACGGAAAGAACAAAAAAAUUUGUUGAAAAAAAUACAAAUUGCAAAUGAAAAGAUUUCUAACUUGGAAAACGCAUUGUCACAAGCACAGGAUGAUGCCAUGUCACAGAGUAGUAAAUUAUGCGAAGUAUUAUCUACAUUAAAAAAAUAUGAAGAUGGAAAUCAGGCUUUAGCUAAGGCAUUAAAUGAAAUUAAAGAAUUAAAAAUUAAAAUUGAUCAUAAAAAUGAACAUAUUGAAGAUUUAACCAAUGUUAUUAAUAAAUUGGAGAUGUUAAAUUCAUAUCAAGAAAUGGAGAUCUUAACUCUUAGAGAAAAAUUAGGGAUUCCAGAAGAUGAAUCAAUAUCGAUUAAAAGUGUUGUAGCGAAACGUAAAGAGGAAUCAAAGAAAAUGGAAGAGCUUAUUCAUCAAAAUAAAAGCCUUAUAGAGGAAAAUUUAGAAUUAAAGUCAGAUAUAAGAAUGUUAAAAUAUAAAUUGAGCAAGUCUGAGAAGUUAGAUAUUUCAAACAAUUUAGGCGAUUCCAGUAAUCAGUUUUUACAUUCGACUAAAUUAGUGGAAUCAGAAAAUAUGCAAAUAUCUUCCAAAAUAGAUAUUUCUGAAGUUAAUCAGAAUAUUCAGAUACUUAUAGAAGAAAAUGAGGCACUUAGAACGGGCAUGCAUGAGAUUAUGGACAGUAUACGCAAUCAAGAUGGUAAGAGUGAAGUGGAAAUACAAUCCAGUACAUUGGAACGAUUAUUAGAAGCUUUAGACGUCAGGCAUUUAGCUGGUUGGUAUCAUCCAGCUAUGCGAUUGCAGGAACAUCUUAAUGUUGUACAGGGUAGUAAUGCUGAAUUAAGAUCACAACUUAAAACGCUGAGAAAAGAAUUGCAAAGGAAGGAUAAUAUUCUGCAAGAUUUAGCAGAGAAUAAAGAUAUAGAUUUUGAAAAAUUAUACGAGAAACAUGGCGAAGAUGAAGUAAUAACAAUGUAUCUUGCAGAAAUAAAAGCUUUACAAAUGGCAUAUAAAAAUGAAGCAGAGGAAUGGGAGAAGCAGAAAGAUUUACUAGUUCAAGAAAAUAAUGAGUUGACAAAUGAGAUAGAUGGUCUUAAAAAGCAAUUAGAAAUUUAUAAGAAAAAUUGGCAGAUUAUUGAAGAUGGAGAUGACGAAGCUCAGAAAGCCUUUGCGGCAAAAACGAGAGAAUACGCGGAUACUGCUAACGAAAUAAUAGUUAUGAACAGAAAGAAUGCUAGUCUUCAACAAUUACUUAACAAGGAAAUUAAUAGAUUAUAUGAAUAUCAAAAAGAAAUAAUUAAAAAAGAGAGUGAUUUUAAUAAAACGCUUACUGAGGCAAAUAAAUACAGUAAAACGUUGCUAUCAGAAAUUUCACUCCUGCAGAGUAAUUUAUAUAAUUCUGUGAGUGUAAUAGUGCAUAACGAAUUGAAAGAAAAAUAUGAGGAAUUGAAUAUACGCCAUCGUGCUUUGUUAGAAAAUGUUAUGGUAUCUAAUAGUUCUAACGAAAUAUCGUCUUUGAAAACAGAAAUAGAGGCAAUAAGACAGGAAAAAAGGCAAUUAAUUGAGGAUUCGCGGAAAACAGACUAUGAGAGUGAUAAUAGUUUACAACAAAGAUUGAAAGAGAUAGAAGCCAAGGAAUUAAUUGAAAGGCAGCGAGCUGAUCAAAUGGCUAGAUUACUCGAAAUAUCACAAACGCAAUUAACAAAGUACGAAGAUAAUGUUAAACAACUUUCUGUUUCUAAUUCUGAAUUGCAAGAGAGAUUGAUUGAAGUACACAAAAUGUUGUCUAAAAAGAUAAUGUUGCAAGAAACGAUACAAACAGAUGAUAACCGUAUACAGGAAUUGCAAAAUGAAAAGAAGCAACUUUUUAUAGAGAAUAAAAGUCUGAAAAAAAUGCUACAUAUUUCUGAAGAAGAAGCUCGUUUACAAUAUUCGCUGAAUUCGCUACAAACACUGGAAUUAGAUAGUCUUAGGCAUCAAAUAUUAGAUUUGCAAGCUGUGAGUGAAGAUAAAGCCACUAUUUCAAGACUUAAUUUUGAGCUUACGAGUAAGAAGAUAUCAGAAAUGGAUCUAUCUACACAGAAAACACAACUGCAGAAUGAGUUAUCUUGUGCACAAGAAGAGCUUAAUAAUUUAAAACAGAAAUACGAGGAAAUGCGUAGUUACGUACAAGAUUGUCGAAAACAAUGUGAUAAUCGUUGCAAGUAUUAUAUAGAUAUUAUAUAUUUUUUACAAUGUCAAUAUGCAGGAUCAACUUCUAUAAGUAUCUUAGAAAAAGUAAUUACAUUGGCUGCAAGGUUAAAAAUAGAUCGUCAAAAUAUUGAUACAAAGCUGCAAAACGCAAAAAAAUGUCAUGAAGAUAUUAAAUACGAACAACAAUAUCUAUCUGCUCGUCUUGAGAUUGUAGAACGUCUGAAAGACAUGUUAGAGCAACAAAUUGGUGCUGGCAGCGUCCUAAACAUAAUGGAGCAUUAUGGCGAAACUUCACAACAAACUCUAAGUGAUUUUAAAUACAAAAGAAGAAUAACUCAUUUGGAGCGUGAACUCCAAAUUGCUAAUAGUAAAUUCAACGAAUACGAGUCAGUGAUAAACAGCAUGGAACAGGAUAUGUUAAAUAUUCAGAGAGCUUGGUGUCCACAACAGGAACAUCAAAUUCGAAUUACUACACAAAAUUUUGAGACAAAAUCUAUUCAAGUAACGAUGGAAACUCAAGUAGUUAGUGUUCAAACAGAUCCCUACAUUUGCUGCUUAAAUAAAAAAGUAGAGGAAAUCACUAAGGAAACUGAUAAAGAAAUCGAUAAGGAAACCGAUAAGGAAACCGUAAUUUUUAAAGAUAUUCAGAAACCUAUUAAAUUAAGUGAAACUACAGAAAAGACAUUCCGAGAAGUGGGAAAUAAUACAGAAGAAAGUGCCAGCUCGGCGAUACUUAACGAGCAGCUGGAUCAAGCAUUGAAACUUGCAUCAGAACGCUCCGCAAUGCUUGUCAAGUGUGAAUCACAAUUAGCCGAGUAUAAAUCAAAAGUAGAUGUUCUAAAUAAAGUCAUCACAGAAAAAGAUUCACAGUAUCAAGCAAAAGUGGAUACUUUGAACAAAGUGAUCGAAGAAAGAAAUUUACAGUAUUUAACAAAAGUUGACACUUUGAACAAAGCAAUUGAGGAAAAAGAUUCACAUCUUGCUCAAAAGCAAAAUGUACUUGACGAAUUAAUGACUCAAUCUCGAGUUGCAAGUACUGAUUGUGCUGACAAGUUAGCUUUGAAGUCGACGAUAAAUAGUUUACAGAAAUUAAUUAAUCAAAAAGAAGAAACUAUUUUAAGAUAUCAAAAUUUAUUAAAAGAAGACAGGGAUGAGCAUAGUCGGGCAGCAAGUCAUUUUCAGGAUGAGAUUAAGAAUUUGCAUGAUCAUAUAUUAGCUAUGCAAAGUAAAAUCCGAAAAAGUAAAGAUUCGGUCGUAACUAUAAAAAAUGUUUUUGAAAAAUCGUCGACAUUUGAUGAAACUACAGCAAAAAGCAGUGCUGUACAAGAAGAGGAAAUUGCGAGGCUGCAUGAGAAAGUAUCCACUUUCGAAGCAGAAUUAAAUAUUAGCAAAGAACUGAGUGAGCGUUGGCAUCGAUUAGCAGAAGAAAGACUGAAACAUAUGGAUCAUAUGAGAGAAAGAUUAGAGCAACAACAUAAAAAUGAAUUAGAGAGCUACCGCGGUGAAUUAAAUAAAUGGCAGUCCGAGGCUGAUGUACUUAGACAACAAUUAUCUGAAAAUCGCAUGUUACUCACAAAAGGAAAUAUCUCCUUGAUGAAAGAGUUACAAAACAAAGAUGACAAAAUACACGAGUUAACUCUUGCUUGUCAGCAGUUACAAAAUGAAGUUGAAUUAAUAGAAUCUGCAAAUCGAUCUUAUCAAGUAAUGGUUCAUGCUCGCAGCGACAUGAAGAUACACGAAUCCACGCACAAUAGUCAGCGCGAUCAAAUACAACAACAAAAUCAAAUGGACGUUUUACGUCGACAGCUUCAAUCUUUAAUGGAAAAAGAGAAAAUGUAUAAGAACGAAAUAGCUGAUUUGAAACAGCAACUUAGUCGCAGAUAUAUGGCAAUAAAAGCUCAGGAGAAGAAGACAUCUCAACGUGAAAUGCAGCUUGACCGUAAAGUAACAACUUUAGAAGAAGAGUUGCAUAAAACAAAAACUCAAUUAGAUCGUGAAUAUUUGGCACAAGAAGCUAAAAGGGCUAAGACCGCAGAAGAACUUUCAUUGUGGGAGAAACAGAAAAAAUGGCAGCAAACGGCAGAAAAAUUAAAGGAAAAGCUUAAAGAGAAGACCGAUGAAUAUGAAAAAUUGCUUGCAAAUUAUGAAAAGCUGCGGUCUGUUGUUUCGUGUAUGGAACGAGAAAAAUGGCAUUUGAGAAGUAAGCUCAAACUUGAAAGCGAUAAUGUAUCUGGUACAUCAUCAGGAAGACCCAUUUCAAAUAUUCAGCAUAACACAGUGGAAGAACAACUGGAGAAAGAAUGUCGAAUAUUGAGAGAACGUGUUAAGGAAUUAACUGAUCGCUUAGAAAAAGAAAGCAAUGAACAUUUGAUGUUAGAAAUAGCGGAAUUAAAACGGCAUAAUACAGCUUUGGAGGCAGUUUCUCAGGGUAAUACAAAUGUAAUUAGUCAGCUUGAGAAGUUAGAAAUGACUAAAGAUGUUCUUGAAAAAAUGAAUCUUAAGUUAGAAAGUGAAAAUUUUGAAUUACGACUUGAAUUAGAAAGAGCGAAUUCGGAUACUCCGGGAUUGCGAGAAAAAGUCGAACAUUUGGAAAAAUAUAUCCAAUUGUUAAAAGCAGAAAAAUCUUCUGAUUCCACUCCUAGAUCAUCAGAAAAAGAACUGCCAGAAUCAAAUAAUAAAAAAUCUACCUUUGAAAUGGAAAAAACAAUAUUCACAUUGAAGCGAAUUAUCGAGAAACUUCAGGCAGAAAAUAAAAGAUUGAAAUUUAAUUCCAAGAAAACUCAUCUUCUAGUUAAUAAAGGAAAAACAAAUAUUAUUGAAGGAGAUACUUUAUUCCAAAGACAAUAUGAAGAAUCUCAGAAACGUGUGAUAAGUUUGGAGGCAGAUUUACGAUUAGCUGAACAAAGAGUAAUUAUGUUAGAAAAAGCUCACAAGGAAGAUGACAAUGGAGAUUUCCGAAUCUUAAAGCAACAGUUGAUUCACAAAUCUGAGCUUUUAAAUAAAGUGAAACAAUUAUUGACAAGGGCUGCUAUAAAUGAGAAGACUCUGCGGCAGCGUGUGCAACAACUAGAGUCAAAGCAAACCCUAUCAGUAAUACCAGAAUGUUAUGUGACUCCACCUACACCGCAAUAAUGAAUAUUUUGGA